GCGAUACGAUCCAGUGCUUCACCUGUCAUAAAGUGCAAGCUUUUGAUAGGCAGAAUAGCACUGGCGAGUCCAGUUUCUGACCGGAUCAAAGGUCCGAUCACGAGAAGGCAUCAACUCUGAUACGAAUCAUGGCAAAGCCCGAAACAGGAACCUUGUUUCUGGCCUCGGCCUUGUUGAUUCUGUCAGUGUCCGUCCUCCAGGGUGCGCAGGCCGUGGACUACCUCUUCUGGGACGGGCCUACUUGCUCGGGGCUUGUGCAGAGUCUCUGCACCUCAAUCAGCAACGGAACCUGUUGUGUCUCGGACAAUGCCUAUCAAUCUGUGCAGGUCCGAGGCGACAGAUGCCAAUGGACCACGGCAUUCAAGGACGGCGACUGUGCCGCAAACAUCACAAUAAACACGAAGAAUGGCUCCAUCUGUUUCGACAGCGGCGGUCCCACUUACACUGCGGCGAGCUGGCAGAGCAGAUGCAUCAAUGGCACGCCCAUUGUGGAGGCUCCGAUUCCGGCCGCCAACCUGACUAUCAAUGGGACGAGUAACGCGACCAACAAUAUGACGAUCCCUGGAGCUCGCCGAAGAGCUCUGUUGAGCGAGUUUAGAUCCCCCAAUGUUCUGCCGGAUCUGGAUUGCACGCGGCAUGUGGAGGUGGAUGAUAAUGUGAUAUACUACCGGGAAGAUCCAACGAAGUUUAUCUGGAGCCUUCGAGUGGACAAAGCAGAUAAAGCUGCGAUGAUGCAGCAACUUGCAGCCGUGCCCAAGUCGGAUAAAGCUUUCUGGUUGUUCACUCAUGGUGCUACGUACAACGUCGAGGCGUCAGCGAGUUCGUUUGAGCUUGUUGUUGCCUAACUUUAAAUUGAGGUCCUGGCGGAGGAUAGGAGAAGUGGAUGCUGGGCUUGGUAGUGUGUAGGAUUGAUCUUCUAGGGGAAUUAGAUUCUGAAGGUAGUGGUUGUUGAUCGAGAUCUGCUGAUUUUAUCUCUUAGCUGCGUGUGUAAAUGUCCUCAUUGAUUCCAUUCAUUGACACAAUAAUCAAAAAAUUGCCCAACGACUGGCAGUCUAGUUAUCGAGAAGGGAUAACAAGAAGGAGAUUCAAGUCCUCCUCGAUCCUCGACCCAUAUUAAACUACUGCCAGUCUUCGG